AUCCUGAGGAGAACUCAAAUUGAGUGAUUGAAUUGAGUGGAAGUGUGUUUUAAGUGCAAUAGCACGGACUCUAAUGCUCUAGCAUGGACAUGGAUACUAUCAUGGAUGGAGGUAACAUGGUCUAUAGCUGCCAACUGGGUGUCCAUUAGAAGAGGUGCCAACUGAGUGUUCAUUAGAAGAGGUUUGGAAAUAACCAAAACGAAGUAGGCCCAAAUGAGUGACAAAAAAAAUGUGUACAUGAACAAAGCAAUAGAACUUUCAGAAUCUCUCUCCCUUCUCCCAUAUAUGCAUUAUUGAUGCUUAACUUUCAACACUGCAAAAUUCACACUCUCAAGGACAAAAUCCUAGACCAGAUAAAACGAUGCUCCAAGAGGGAGAAGAAAACACUAGAAUCCGUCUACGCCAACAUGAUCAAAACCAACGCCAACCAAGAUUCCUUCUUGAUGAACCAAUUCAUAGCCGCAUGCACAACCAUAAAUCUCGCAACUCAUGCAUUUUCCCACAUGGAUAACCCCAACGCUCUCGUUUACAACGCACUCCUCAGAACCUGCGUCCAUUGCCAUCGCUCUCACCAAGCAUUAGCAUGUUACGUGAAGAUGCUCAGAAACGGCGUCGUCCCUACCAGCUACUCGUUUUCGUCUUUGGUUAAGGCUUGCACCCUGUUAAUGGAUUCAGCUGCGGGUAAAACCGUUCAUGGGCACGUGUGGAAACGCGGGUUUGAUGCCCAUGUGUUUGUUCAGACCACUCUGGUUGAGUUUUAUUCGAUGUUGGGUCUCGCGGGUGAUGCGAGGAAGGUGUUUGAUGAAAUGCCUGAGAGGGACGCGUUUGCUUGGACGACCAUGAUUUCUGCGCAUGUGCGGUGUGGUGAGGUUGACUCCGCGGCGAGGCUGUUUGAUGAAAUGCCUGAGAGAAACAGCGCUACGUGGAACGCGAUGAUUGAUGGGUAUGCUAAAUCGGGGAACAUCGAGUGUGCUGAGAUUUUGUUUAACCGAAUGCCGUGUAAGGAUGUUAUCUCGUGGACUACCCUGAUGACUUGUUAUUCAAGAAACAAGAGAUUUGGUGAUGUGGUGACGCUUUUUCAUGAAAUGGUUAGCAGAGGAUUGGCGCCUGAUGAGGUGGCCAUGACCACUGUGAUUUCAGCUUGUGCACAUCUAGGGGCGCUUGGGUUAGGAAAGGAGGUGCACCAUUAUCUGAUGGUGAAUGGGUUUGGUCUUGAUGUUUAUAUUGGGUCCUCGCUGAUUGAUAUGUAUGCCAAAUGUGGGAGCAUAGAUAGGUCCCUUCUGGUGUUCUACAAGUUGCAAGUGAAGAACCUCUUUUGUUGGAAUUCUAUGAUCGAUGGGCUUGCCACGCAUGGGUAUGCAAAAGAAGCAUUGAAGAUGUUUAGUGAAAUGGAGAGGAAAGGAAUCAGGCCAAAUGGGGUUACAUUUGUUAGUGUUUUAACGGCUUGCACCCAUGCAGGGUUUGUAGAAGAGGGUCGGUCCAGGUUUGUGAGUAUGAUUGAGGAUUAUUGUAUUAGUCCUGGAAUCGAACAUUAUGGAUGCAUGGUUGAUCUACUGAGCAAGGGUGGUUUGAUUGAAGAUGCUUUGGAGAUGAUCAGGGGCAUGACAUUUGAACCAAACUCUUUUAUUUGGGGGGCUUUGUUGAGUGGGUGUAAACUUCACAGGAACUUGGAAAUAGCUAAUGUUGCUGUUCAGAAUCUGAUGAUUUUGGAGCCAAGUAAUAGUGGGUAUUACAGUCUCCUUGUUAAUAUGUAUGCUGAAGUGAAUAGGUGGAAAGAGGUUUCAAAGAUCCGGAUUGCUAUGAAGGAUUUGGGUGUGGAAAAGACUUGUCCUGGCUCUAGCUGGGUUGAAAUCAAUCAGAAAAUUCAUCUAUUUGCAGCUUCUGAUAAUUAUCACACAUCUUAUGGUCAUGUUAACUUGUUGCUAUCUGAACUGGAUCAGCAGUUGAGAUUAGCUGGCUAUGUCCCUGAACUGGGGUCUAUUUUAUAAUGACUUUGGCUCUUCAAGUAGGAGGAACCUGAAAAAAGGACGGUUGUAAUAUAAAUUGUGUACAGCCAAACAGUUGAAGGCAAGCCUUGAAAUUUUGCAGGCAAGUGGGUAAUGAUUAAUGACAACAACAGACAAAUCCAAAGUCUCUGAUGAUGCACGAGAGGAGUAUUUGGUUUUCUGUCCUCAGGAACCCAGGUACGCUCUUCUGCACUGCAUGUUGCUUAUGUGUUACAACAUAUUCGCAGUUUGAUUGAUGAUUUGCUUGCUCUUAAACUGUCACUGUAAUAGCAAUAAUAUUGAAAAGCUGAAGAGAAAUAAUUUCUUGGGCUUCUGAGUUCACAAGUGCAAAGCAGGUCACACUUCAUCAUUUUUCUUUGACAUCACUAUGUAUUCUAACCAAAACAAAGGUAUAGAAUCUGAUAUAUCAUGCACUAAAUUUUAAAUCCGAAAUAAUGUGUCUUUUAUUUGGAGGGGGGAGAUUAGCUGCUUGAAAUUAUUUGUGGUGAGCUACAGUGCAAACCGUCAAUCAUGCCCUUGACUACUUGACUAGGACACGCGUUCACCUGUUUAAUGUUUAUAUACUUUUUAGGUGGCUACUGACAAAUUAUUGGGAUCCUAAAUCUUUCAAAUCAUAGAAUUCCAUGAUGAGUUCAAAUCUAACUCCUUAAAUUCAAGGUUCGAGUUUAAGUUUGCUAAGCAAGAAAGGUUUUUAAGCGGAGGGAUGUGGGUUGAAAAGAGUUAAAAGUUGAGCACUAUUACCAGGAAAAAAGGGUAUUGAUUAAUAUGUCAUUGGAGUUCUGGAAGUCGAAUGCAUCAUUGUAAAAUGGAAAGUUUAGAGCUCGGGAAAUAGUUAAAUUCUUUAUUAUUGUCCUUGUAAAUGCACAUGUCUAUAUUUUCCCAUUAUCCUGGCUAUUUUAGGUUUGAUUGGAGGGAGAAGUUCUUUCAGUUUUUGUUAUACUACCUGUUUGUUUUUUCUGUUGCUAGAAGAUUACCGAUGGUUUUCUUUAUUAUUGAUUGUUCUUUUAUAUGCGUAUGUAUAUAUUUUCUUAUAAUGUAUAUGGACAUGUAAAAUCACGGUACAACUACAACAUUCUGUUUACACAAAAUUUUGGUAAACACAAAUAAAUAAAGAAUCCAAAGAUCAAUCUGGGACUGAUUCGAGUCCUCUUGGGUUCUUUGGUGAAAAUGAAUUAAAUUUAAUCAAACAAAACUAAAGAAACUUGAUAACAAAUUAGAAAUAAGCCAAUAGAUUCGACUUAAACAGAUAAAAACGUAAAUAAACUUUCUGAAUCUGAAUAAUAAUAAUAAACUAUAAAAUGUAAAGUGUCACACGAAUCUCUACUUUUUCACUCUAACUUGGCUUGUAAUCAUUGUGAUCGAUUGUAAGCGCUUGAGAGUUUUUCGAGUAGAAAUUGUGAACCCUCAUCUCUCUACAAACCUGCUAUUUAUAGACUUAAAAUAUAACUAACUUCUAACGGUCAAUUAAUACAAUUAUUACAAGUGUCUUCUAAACAUGACUUCGUCUUACACGUGUCUUUCUACUCCAUACGUGUCCCUAGUGAAGUAUCUUCAAAAGACAACCGGCUUCUCGUUUGGAAUCCUCCAUGUCUCGAACAAAAAUUGCUUUGCAGUCGAAGUCGUUGAACACUUGAUAAAUUUCCUUGAUUCUCUUCACUUUCGACUUCCUAAGUUGAACCCAGUAUAAGUUCCAAUCGAAAUAUGCAACGAUAGGUCGAAAUUAUAUGCAAUUAACACAUUCAUAGCUUCCUUUACAAUCACAAUCCUUCCGCUAAGAGAAAUUGUUUUAGAUUUCCACCCAUUCAGUUUCGCCUUCAUUCUUUCAAGUUUCAAUGACCUUUGACCAGAACCCAAUUCUGUGAUGAUUUCCACCAAGAGAAACCCUAAGUAAUUUAUAGGAAAGCGUCCCACACCACAUCCUAGUAACCCGGUUCCACUGCCCUUCUCCGAUCACAAUAAUAAUGAAUAAAC